AUGCCCGGACAUAUUUCGUCACCUAACCCUGGGCUGGGGAGCGACGGUUGCUUCGCUACGCUCAGCGACAUUCUCGACGAAGAAGGGGGCGUGGAGGGACAACGGGACAAGAAAAGCCGGACACAACAAGCUGAUUACCCAUUAGUAGACCCUAACGGAGGACAGGUGUUUCGAAUGAAAGGAAUCGGCGUGCUCGUGCUCAACGGCCUCAUGAACAAGCAAGAUCGAGAGCGAGUCAUCGACGACUUCGUGCACUCUGACGCCGCUGAGCAUCGAGUGCUCCUCUUCUCGUCUAUCGGCGCCGUUGGGCUGAACUUGACGUGCGCAGACACCGUCAUUAUGCUCGACAUGAUAUGGUCGCAGGUGGGCACCGAGCAGAUCAUCGGACGAGCUGCUCGUCUCACGCAAGAAAACGCCGUCCACGUCUACCACCUCGUCGCCCUAGGCACUACGGACGUCCUCAUGUCCACCAUGGCGCGGGAGAAGGGCGAGAUGUUGGCCACUCUCUUCUCGAAAGAGAAGAACGAGAAGCUUGAGGAAGUCUUCUACGGCAUAUCGAAGAAGAAUGCGGUCUCCGACAGCGACCAAGAGGAGGACGACGACGACAAGAAGAAGAAGAAGAAGGCGUUGCCUAAGACCCGCACUGCGAGAGGCGCGGCGAAGAACGCGGGGUUGGAGUCGAUAUCGAGGUCGCAGACUCCCUCGAUCUCACGGGCUUCCAAGACGCCCACCGUGGAGGAGGAGGAACAGGCGGCGGAGCAGACAGCGACAGGGGGUGCGGACGAAGGAGCUGAGCAGCGAGUGAAGGGCAAGGCAAAGCCAAAGCCAAAGCCAGCGACGAAGUGCCAGACGGCUGCAAAGCCACGACCCAAACCCAAGGCCAAAGGGAGGGUGAAAAGCGCAGCAGAGGUCCACGACGACGACGACGCUGGACCAUCUGAGCCGCCCACUGCAGAGGGGAGUGUGCAAAACGAACCCAACGACGCCGCUGGACCUUCGCGGCCGCCCACUGUUGGGGCGAGCACCCCCAACGAACCCAGCCACGCAGCUGGACCUUCCCGGCUGCCCGCAGUUGGAGGGAGCACUCCCAACGCGCCCAGCCACGCAGCAGGGCCUUCCUGGCCGCCCGUGGUUGGAGGGGGCAUUCCAAACCGGCCCACCUCGCAUUCGUCGACAGCCCGCUCGUCUGGGAGCGUUGCGCGGCCUUCUGGGCAGCCCGCGGUGGCGAAGGGGGCGAUGGAUGUGGACAUCGACGAGGCGUCGACUGGGUCAGCUCGCAACGCAGACGCAGCACGACCUUCCAGGCCGCCCAUGUUGCUGGCGGGUCCAGCAAAUCCAGGCGCGGGACGGCCUUCCAAGAAGCCCAUGGCGCAGACGACCCCCGUAGCCGUGAACGCGUACGUACCACCACCUUCCCAGCAGCCCGUGGCGCAGAUGGGUCUCGAGACGGCAGACGUAGGACGGCCUUCCCAGCGCCCCGCGCCUCACGAAGGCGCGCUCAGCGGGCCCUCUGGAUCGCAGAGGCAGCUGCCCGCAGGAUGGGUCGCCACACAGCCAGCAUCACAAGCAGAUGCGAUGGAGAUCGACCACGCCCUUCAGCGGGCUUCUCCGCCGCCGAUGGACGUUCCCAUGGAUGUGGACGUGGCUUCCCAUCCGACAAAACGCGCCAAGCGUCCAGCAGAGUCCAAGGUGGCGAAGUCUGCGGCCGUCGAUCCGUUACGCGCAGCGCCUGGACUCACUGGGCCGCCCUGGACGCAGGCGAACCCCACGACGCCCCCAAGGGCUGGCUCCAAGCACAGGCCCAACUCGUCGCCAGAGUUAUCCCCGCGAACGGAGCGCAGGCAAUCGAAGACGGCGCGCCGAGGACACCACAGCUCCUCCGACGAGGCGAACACCAUCGAGGACAUCGCCAUGGUCAAGCAAGAGGGCGAGCCCUCGCAGAUGCCCUUGUACAACGACGACAACGACAACGACGAGAUCCAGGAGAUCCCUGGCCCCGCAGGCACAGACGAGGGAGAGGACUUUGCGUCCCUUCUGGACAACGUCUCAGAAGUGUCUGAGUCGUCUGAUGACGGCCCCCUUGCCGCGCGCCAAGUCCAAAUGGCAGAGUCUGCCACGGCACAGCACGAAGAGGUGGUCCCGAGAGUCAACCUCCCGGCGCAUCGUCCUCCUCGAGGCCGUGGUCGCGGUGGUCGUGCUCGUGGUCGCAAGUAG